AUGACUGACCAAACUUACGAUGCUAAGAUCCGGGCUCUUAAAUACGGCGAGACUCACAAAAUAUCCGAAUUUCUCGGCAAGGGAGCAUUCGGAUGGGUAUUUAAAUACCAGACUUAUAGUCAGAUUGACCCGUUAAUUCAAUCAAGUUCAGCAUUCUCUGCAGUUAAAUAUAUCCUGCCCAAUAAAGAUCCAGCCGACAGCUGUGCUGGCACGUCAACGUCUACUGACCAGGAAAUAGAACAACGAGAAUUUGAAAACUCGGUGAAAAAGAGACAUAAAAACAUUCUGGGUGUUGGCGACUACAACGAACAAAUCUUACUCCUUGAUGACAUCCCGUCAUAUUUCGGCACCUCUGAAAGUGACGUAACAGCCCUGAAAGAGUUAGUCGCUCGUUGCAUAGACAUCGCGUGUAUGGAAGGCAGCAUAAAAAUCCGUCGAUUAACGAUGACUUUAUGUGGAAAAGAUUUACGCCAGUGGUUAGCUUAUGUGCAGGAAGUGAGGGAGAUACCAUAUCUUGAGAACCAGAGAUGUGGCAUUAUUUGUGGGAUUUUGAACGGUCUCAACUAUUUGCAUGGACAGCACGUCCUACACCGCGACCUUAAACCAGAAAAUAUUUUCUUCUCCGUCUCAUCCCCAGAGGAGUGGCUACUUCCAGUGAAAAUCGCAGAUUUUGGCUUGAGUCGUGACUUAGAAGAGGAGAGUCCGAGUAAGGAUGGCGUUGCAGAUAAUUUAAGUUGUGUCGGCACAGCAAGUUAUAUGGCACCGGAGGUUACCAGUGGGAAUUAUACUUUUCAAGCAGACUUGUUCUCGUUAGGACUUAUUAUUUGGGAAAUAUUUCAACCAAUUGUGGAGAACGAAAGGAAAGAAUUAUUUUGGAAGUUGGUCCAUUGUGGAGACACAAGUGUUGUGCAGAUUACAACGACAGGCGUCAAAGAAUUAAUUGUUGCUUUAACGAAAGCCAAUGUGGAGCAUAGGCUGGCGUCAAUUGAGUACGUGAACGUAACUAUUACGGAUGAUGAUGAAAUAUUUCCAAACAAUGCUGCCGAGCUUCAGAUUUGUCUUGAGACACAGGAAACAAUAAUCCUGGCUGAAGUGGAAUACUCUGGACACUUUGAGGUUAACCGUACCGGUGUCACGAUUAAGGGGCAAGGUGAAAAGAGCGUCAUCAAGUAUAAGGAGUAUCAAGAAAGCGCAGUUCUGGAAAUAAGUGGGCACGACUGUUUCCUACAUGAUUUCUACGUGUCAGCCGAAGAACGUGGGGUAUUUGGAAUUUAUGUGACAGGGGAUGACAAUAUAUUUAGUAACAUGACCGUUGCAGGUGGCAACUACGGUUGUUUCAUCAUGAGUUCUGGAAACAACUUUUAUGACUUUAAUGUAGCUAGUACGAAAUCCGGUGUAGAAGUCUAUGGUGAUCAAAAUAUUUUUAAUCGAGUUAACAUUGAAAAUGUGGCACAGUCCGGAAUCAUAAUUUUUGGAAGUAAUGUUUUCAUAGACAAUUUUCGCUUUAGUUAUGGGAACAGUGAGACAGCCCCCAGCCUCUUUAGUUACGGUUUGGCAAUUAAGGCGCAAAGUCAUGAUUGUGAAAUACGCUCCAGUAAUUGCUGCGCAGUAAAAAUUGAAGGACAUAGUCACACCUUGCGGGACGUAGAAUGUGGACAUAUUAUCGAGAUUUCCAACGUUUCAGGAAAUCGCCAUCAGUUAAAGAGGUGCAAGGGUAAUAUAUGUCACACGGAUGAUGCCAGCAUUAUUCCCAUAAAGGACAACCAUGGCAACGAAUUUUCGAUCUAUUCAAGAGGUCUCGACUUACAAGAGAGAUUGGAAAAUUGCACUUCCGGCGACGUGAUACAGUUGGAGGAGGGAAUCUAUAGUGGCGGCUUUGUGAUUGCGAAGAAUAACAUUACCCUAAAAGGCGUUGGGGACGGGACUAAAAUCAGUUGUGUCUCGCACAUUGACACAAUCGGACUUUCAAUUAUGUCUAAUGACUGUACGAUAUCAGACCUGCAAUUUGUAACUCCGUUUGAAGAGACGUCCGGGAUGCGUGUUACUGGUACAAACAAUGUUAUCAAGAAUGUAUUUUUCCGCGGAGGGUGGGUCAGUAUUUGUAUUAGUGGAAACGGUAACAUAUUGAGUGAUGCAAGGAUUUCCUGUACCCAAUUAUACCAAAAGAAUUUGAGAAACCUUUUCCGUGAUGGAAAUCGACGCAGAAUAGUCUUUUCAAGCUUAUGGAGUGGUGUUGUGAUUGACGGUAGUGAAAACCAGAUAAGAAACCUGCAGUACAACAAGGUCCCCAAACUUCCAGGGGUGAUAACUUGCGGAGUUUUGAUUCAUAGUGGAAAAUCUAAUAAUGUGGAGAACUUUACUUGUGACGCAACUCACUGGUCUAAGAUCACUUUCGGACUUCUUGUUGGUAAAGAAACAUCACUUUCGACACUUUCGAAUUGUCGGUUUGGUAGAGGAACGAUCGAAGGAAGUUGCCAUACAAUGACGGACAUAGAGGCUUCACUAAGUUUAAAACUCUUCGGACAAGGUCAUACCUUAACGAAAUGUACCUCAAACCAUUUACGUACAGACAAGAUUCAAAAAUCAAUGACUGACUGUGACUUCACAACGACGGAACUAGUUGAAUCAGAAGAAAUUGGUACGGAAAAGGAGGAGGAAACUUUAAUCGCGUCCAGUUCCGAAUCACCCCAAUCCAGACCUCACGAAGGAAUUGAUAGGAUCCCCUUGAAUUCGAAAGAAUUACUCGAAUGCUUAUUGAAUUGCAGCCCGGGUGAUACAAUUAUACUACGGGAGGGUUUAUACGAGGGACAUUUCGGGGUGAUGAAACCUUCUGUAAAGAUACAAGGCGCAGGUAAAUUUUUGACAAUUCUCCAAAACCCGUUAUCCACGGGUGGCAAAAAUUACGUGCUGUCCGUGGCGGGAAAUGAAUGCACCAUAAGCGACCUGUGCAUCGUCGCUACGGGUCGAACGGGAGGGCUUCUUUUGCACGGUUCUGGAAAUUUAGCAAGAAACUUGGCUUUUCUGGGCGGUGAAAAAGGAGUGGAAAUUCGGGGACGGAAUAACAAACUUUCCGAUAUCAAAGUGGAAGAUUCCAUGUGGGGAGUUUAUUGCCGUGGAGAUGGAAAUGAGAUGGAAAACCUGGAAAUGGAGAAUGUUUCAGACAUUGGAGUAAUGAUUUCAGGCAGCUGUAACAAUGCACUCAAAUCAGCAAGGUUUCUUAAUUCUGCUUGUGGUGUUGAAGUGAGAGGAAAUGGAAACACUUUGUGCGAUGUGAUUUAUCGUAAGGGUUCACACGGUGGUAGCUCAGUCGGAGUACGAAUUCUUGCUGGGGGAGGGAAUACCCUAGAUAACCUUAAAUGUGAAGGGGUACAAAGGUGGAAAACAGAUUUGGGGUUGGAAUUAGAGAGCCAGUCAAUCCAUGCAAGAAUAACCAAUUCUGUUUGUGAGAGGGUGCGAAUUGCUGGACAUGAACAUAACAUGAAGAAUGUAGAUUUUGGUGUGAGACUAACAUUGGAAGGGAUUGGGCAUUCAUUUGAGGAUUGUAAAGCCCUUCAAGUUGUAGACAUUAAGGGGGAAAAUGUGGACAUUAGUGGAGUUGAUAUUCAAGAAGAGGACUGUCACGAUUUGUUGGGUGACUUACUAGUAAACUUGUUGAUAUAAAUUAGUCAAUCUGUGUAAAUAUUUGCAUGCCCAUACAUACGUAUGUAUAUUUAUGUAUCCAUUACAUACUACGAACAUCGCUUUUGUUAAAGGGAGUAAUAAAUUGGUAAACAUUUCCGAAA